AUGCCGGCUCCGACGGCCGGACGCCGCGCCCUGCGCACGCGCGCCAGGCCCCGCCCCGCGCCGGCCACGCCCCCGCAGGCAGGGCGCGCGCGGCCGGGACGCAGAGCCGGCACCGCCCCCGAGGAGCCCCGCCGCGGGGGCGCCUCGGCCGGGCCUGGUCCCGCCUGCUCUCUCGCGAUAUCUGCGCCUGCGGCGGGUACUGGAGAAGCAGCCGUGGGCUGCGGGAGCGAGGAGCACAUAGCGCGGGAGUCCACGAGUGCCGGCCCACGACCCUGGCGACAGAGCUGGCGCUCCGUGACUCUAGGAGAGGGCGACGCCGACACGUGCAAACACGGGCGCCUCUCGCGGACGGCCAGCGCCGACGGGCACGCGUCCACGCCCAACGCAGGAGCCAGUAGAAGAGAACCAAGCCACAGACAUCUUCCAAAGAACACCGUCCUAACUCAUGUGAUGGCACACCUGGAGCUCGAAAAGUCUUCCUUUGGAACUUUGGGAACUAGGUAGAAUGUUUAAGUACUACUCUUUAUUAAUUGUAUAACUAUUAGAGAUUUUUGAAAAUGACAGAAAGAGAAAAAAAAGAAAACAAAGUGGCAUGUGCACAAAUGCACUUUUAAUUUCAUAAACAGUAGAAUAAAGAACUACAACUAACAUUCUCCUGGUGGUGGGAAUAAUUUUUUUUAUUCCCCCCCACCCCAGGAAUAAUUAAUUG